AUGGAUAGCCCCCUCGUCUCUCCCGCCAAAGCACGGCAAGCCGCCAUCCAGGCUAAGGACUGGGCCUACGUGAACUCCUGGCUGAGUCGCCAAUACGCCCCAAAUCCGGUCCCCAGUUUCGAGCGAAACGAAGAUACUCUACGAACUCUACUUGCGUUAGCCGCCGCCAACGAUACAGCCGAUGAAGAAGCAGCAUUGAUCCACCAUGCGCGCGAACAGACCGUCCAGGGCUUCAAGCGCCGAGAAGACGCGGAGGAUAAACAGAAAAGAGAAAUUCUGGAUGAAGUGGAGCUGUCCCUCGACGACCACGGCGCCCAGAGCUUAAAUGAUUUGGCCGAGUCCGCCGUUGCGCUGGGGACUCUGAGCACUGAAACCAGAGACCUGGGCCAAUCGAUCAUCCAGCUUACCAGGGAAGAAUUCGGUAUCCAGGAACAGCUGUCAAAGGUUGAAACACUGCAUAACUAUCUGGAGAGAGAGUUGGAAACCCUGCGUGAACAACUCGAGGAGCUGAAAUCUAACAAAGCAUACGAGAUACCUCCCGACCUUCCGGCCCUGACAGCGGAGUGGUCGAGAAGCACAAAGAUGCUCAACGCGAAGGUUGCCGAGUACAGUGAUAAAAUUGGUUCCUUGGAAAGAACCAGGAACAAGGGGCCUACGUUGGACGAAGUGGCCGACGAGGAGAGGGAUGUGACGAAGCUCAUGCAAACGGUUCAGGCACUCGAGGCGAAAGUCCUGGCGUUUCAUGAUCUACCGAAGGAUAUACAGGGGGCAAGAGCAAAAUACAAGGAAUUAGAGCGAGAGCUUGACAAGCUCACUCAGCGACGGGACUCCAUGUUCGAGAACUUAGUGGGCCACAAUUGA